UGAUUUUCUGGCAAUACCCUUGCGAUUCUUCAGCUGUGGCACAAAAACAGUGAAAAAUAAUAAAUUACGGAGCAGAGGUACUAUAUGAGCUUGACUGUUUGAGAGCAUAACAUAGCAUGACCAGAUUUCCACUUUCCAGCACAACCACAUUUUCCAAUUCCGGAGAAUCAGUUUUUCGUCAUUGAACCCCAAUUUAGAUUUUCCUCAUUGUUAAUGGCUACUUCAAUCCAAAAUUUGGUACCACCAUUUUUUUGCUAUAAGUCGUCGUUUCCAUCCCUUUCUUCUCCUAUCGCCAUUUUCCAGAGAGGGAGGAGCAGAAAUGCAAGAAAAAUGUUGAGGGUCUGUAGAGCUAUGGUUGAGAAGACAGUACAAGGAGCUUCUUCUACUUUUGCUAAAGACAUGGAAAGACUUUCAGCGAAGGAGUCUCUGCUUCUUGCAUUCAAAGAUGCUGGUGGAUUUGAGGCACUGGUCACUGGGAGGACAACAGAUGUACAAUGCAUUGACGUGAAUGAGAGGAUCAUUGGUCUUGAGAGGCUCAAUCCGACACCUCGUCCCACAACGUGUCCUAAUUUGGAAGGUCGAUGGAAUUUUGAGUGGUUUGGAGUUGGUAGCCCAGUUCUUGUCUUAGCCAAAUUUUUGUUUGGGAGAAUUCCUUCAACACUAGCAAAUUUAUCAAAAUUGGAUGUGCUGAUCAAGGAUGGAUGUGGGACUGCUACCGCACAAUUCAAAUUACUGAAUUCGAUUGAGAAUAAAUUUAUCAUCUCCACCAAGUAUAAUGUUGAAGGGCCUCUUCGUAUGAAAGAAGAGUAUGUUGAAGGGGCAUUUGAAUCUCCAAAGGUCAAUCAGGAAGCUGUACCUGAACAACUAAGAGGUGCUUUUGGCCAGGCUUUUAAUACCGUGCAACAAAUUCCUUUCCCCAUUAGAGAUGCUGUGUCCAGUGGCAUGAAAGUUCCUCUUGGCGGGACCUUCCAGAGACUUAUUCUGAUUUCUUAUCUUGACGACGAGAUCCUGAAGUUGUAUGUUAUUCACAGAGCUCAGAUUGUUGUGGCUUCGCAUGAUUGCAUAUAAACUAUGAAUCAAGCAUUGCUCCUGUUACAAGCCAAAAGUUACAUGAAUUGAACCUCCAUUUUUAAAAUCCUGCUCUACUAAUCUGCUGGUUGAGCGCAGAUCGUAAGGAAUACUGCAGGAGAACCUGAGGUUCUAACAAGGUUGGAGGCAGUACCUGAUCCAGAAAAGAUAACCGAAUACGAGAGUUAAAAGUAUUCUAGGCAUAUUUCACAUGAAAAAAACAACUUUCUUAUUUCCGUUGGCAAUACCUUGCACAUAAACAAAAUCAUACCGUUAACACCUGAUAAUGCCACAUCAAUGAGCAACAAACAUGGGCCCACUCCCUAGUGGAAAGAAUUGAUAGAACUUACCAUGGUUGUGUGGAGGAGUCUUCUUGACGCAAAAAAAGUGGCUGAUGUAAGACAUAGAAGGGUUGUUAUCAUCGUUGGUAUUAAACAUCACCAUCUUACGUUUGUAUGAUCUUUUUUUCAGUGACCUGUUUGGUUCGCACAUGUAACUAACUAUAGUUUGACAAGAUUAUAUUCUCAUAGCAAUAGUGGGCCACGAUUCAUUAGGUAGCCAACUUGUGUAGUAUUUUAGCUGAUUUAAUUUUCAGACAAAUCUUGAAAAUUGCUGUCUUUGUGUGAAAUGUGAAUCAACUUGACCGGGUCACUUAA